AUGGCGUCUCCUGGCGGUCCAACGCUUCUCACCACUGCGUGCCGGAGAAUCCCCUCGGCUACGCUUUCAGAUUCCCUGUCCGUCAGCGCUUCACUCGGGCAGAGUGACGGCGCUGCGAGGCCCGCGGGGACCCGCGCGAGCCAGCGCGCCGCGAGGACCCCCCUCCUCCUCACCGAACCCGCCAAAGGCGCUCCCGCAGAAGCACCCAUGUCACCGACUGCGGCGUUACGGCACUCUGUCCACAUGCCGUUGGAGGUGUCUUCGCCUGGAAGGCACUUUUUUCACAGCUCUUCCGGCCCUGCUCCCGAAACUGCCAAUGGCCCCCCCCUGAGCGGCUCGCCCCUCGCGUCUCCUCAGGGGCUCGUCGCCAUCCGCGUCGAUCGCCCAGGACCCAGCUCCCACGAUGGACAGAAGACGCCCCGCCUGCGGGCGUCUCUGGGGUUGCCGCGCAUCGUCGCGGGGGCCUCUACGAGCCUGGUAGACUCCCUUUCGUUUUCGUCCUCCCUCUGCUCAACAGUCCCCCCGGCCUCGCCGACCCUCGCGGAGCUGCCCCUGUUCCAGCGUCUCCUCGCAGAGACUGAAGAAGAACACAGGAAGCGGCGCCAGCAGAAGCAACUCGCUCACGGUCAGGAUUCGAAGCAUGGGCCUGUGAUUCAGAGCAGAGGGGGAGCAGGGGCGGAGCCUCUUCAGACCCACGCAGCUGCCUCGGCGGGCUCGAGCGACCCGGGAACCUCAGGAGCAGAUACGUCGGCUUCCCUGAGGACUUUGAUAUGGUCCGCUGCAGAGAAGGUGUCUCUCUCGCCGGCGUCGCUGCGAGCGCUGGAUUCCCUCGACGACGACGCGCUGUCCUCAGCCUCGAAUCCACAGGAAGACUCCUCUCUGAGCAGCGACAGGACCUCCUUCUGGUCCUCCCUCUGCCACCCGCCGCGACCUUUCUCGCAGGGCAGCACGACGGGCUCGUCGGCGGGAGCGUCCGCGACUGAAGUCGGGGGCAAGUCCAGAGGGGGGCUUGCGGCGAAGCUCCCUGAGAAAGACCGCUGCUGCAGUGUUCGAAUUCAAAUCAGACCGGCGACGUCGGGAAGCCGUGACGCCUAUUCACGCGGCUCCCCAGACGCGUCGCACUGGGAGGAGAACGCGGAGGCGAGCCGCAGUUACAGAAGCGCGGCCUCUCGUUCGCGUUUCGCUGCCGGCGCUCGCGAGGUUCGGCUGACUUUGGGGUCCUCUCUGGGGCUUGGGGUGCGGGGGAAGCGAGACGGCGAGUUCUCCGAGACCUCGUUUCACGUCGAUUCUGAGCCGAUGGAUGAGGCGCGACCGCGGUUGGCGCACCGCGUCUACACUCACCGGAAACGCGUCGAGGAGUGGGCUUCCCACGAGGAGGCGCGCCUGCUGUUGGAGCAGACCUCCGCCAGUCUCUCGCAGAGUUCCUCUCCUAGGCGGCCCGUGCCUGGAGCAGGCAACAGAAGCAGCUCGGCAUCAUCUCUGGCGUCGCCGCGGCCUGAGCUCGAGAACGGCAACUGCGACUUCUUCCCCGGCGGAGAGACCGCGGCUUGGUCUCGCAGAGGGAACGCUUCUUCGCACUACUACAGCCGAGGCGCACUAACGCCUCAGGGAGCGGGCUCGUCUCCUUUUCUGGGUCAGGCCCAGCCGGGGGGUCGGGCUCCGGAGGCCGGGAGAGGCCCCGGAGAGGAGCCCGACUUGCGGGCCUCCCCAACGGUCUCGGGGCUCUGGCGUGGCGCCUCGUCGGACUUUCAGGACUCCUCUUCCUGCAGGCUGCGCCUCUCGGGCGACGCCAUUCGCGGAAGGGCGAGUCUGUCGCCCUCACAGCGCCUCGCGGUGUCGUCUCCCUUCAACCAAGACAGAGAGUUCGCAGCGGAGAUGCUCCUGCGGAUCUCGCGGCUCUCGGGCGACGGCGCCGCGAGCCAGGGGCGGUUGUCUGCCUCGUAUCCUCGCGACCAAGUUGGCCGCUUCGAAGACGAGCCGAUGCUGUGCGGAGGGAUGCUGUCGCCGCAGGCCAAGGAGGACGCCCCGCCUGGGAACGAAGGAAGGGACGGAGACGCGCCUCUGUCGGUGUCUGCUCUCUGCUCGUCGGACCCUUUUUCCGCCUCACUCUCGCGACUCGGCGGGACGGGCGCCCAUUUGCGCGCGUCCUCCUGUGUCGACUUGCCGUGCAGCCGCGCGCUGUCUGCGCUCGACUCGCACUUAGACAACUGGAGCUCCUUCCAGGAUGUGCCCCAGUCCCGAGGCCUCGAGAGCGCGGCGCGGGCCGCGCGCUCGCGCACCGCGGCGCCGCUGCCUCCGCGGUCGGCGGCUCCGUCUGUAGGGCGAAUGGGCGAGUCGGGAGACUGUGCAGCCAUCCGAGAUUCGCAUUUAGAUGCGUGGGCGUCGAUUCAGGUUCAUCCGCGAGCCACGCGGGAGGCGCUGCCUUCGCCUAGUCAUCAGCGGCCCUCCGCGCAGCUCCGCCGCGGCCCUUCUCCUUCCUCUGCCGUGGCCUCUCUAAAGUCUUUGCCCGCCCCUGAAGUCGAAGCCUCCCCCCCGUCGACGCCAGGCUCUGCGCACCGCCCGCCGCGCGAGGCGUCUUCUCCAUCGCAAGACGAUCGCCUCGCGGCGGCGGGGCGCGCUGCUUGGCAGGGCUCCGCGCGCGUCUCGUUCUCGGGUCUGCAGCGAGCGGAGCAAGUCCCGCGCGCAGUGCCGCAGCAGACGCUCUCUGGCGGCGUCGGCGGCCUCGGCGCCAGCGCGCAAGAACUGGCGUCGGCGGCGCCGGCCGGCUUCUCUGGCAGGAACGCCUUUCCUGGUGCAGCGGAAGAUGGCGCCGCCGCGGGGGCGGGCGUACCGGGUGCGCCUGAGCCAAGCACCGAGGCGCCUGCGAGCGAAUCCAAGCAGGCGUUUCUAGUCCUCAGUUCCGGCUACCAGCCAGCAGAGAAGAUCUUCCUUCUGCCGCGUCAGCUGGAAGAACUCCGCUUGGAGCAAAAGGCGAUUCAGCAGCGCCAGGAGCUGCGGCGCGCCCAGCAGGCCCGACAGGCGCAGAAGAUCCUGGAAAUCGAGCGCCAGCAGCUGGCUCUGAAGGCCCUCAUGUCCCGCGUGCGUCAGACCAUAGCGGCGGCCGAGGAGACGAGGCCGCCUGGCGUCCUGCAAGCAACUCGAGACGCAGGCCAGGCGGAGUCAGGGGAGUUGGAGCAACCGCGGGAGAGCCGGGGGAUCUGUGACUCCUGCGGCCUGCGGCGGCGGAAGCGCGGGGCCGAGAGCGAGGCGUCUGCGUCACGAGAGCCGCGGCAGGCGUUUGCGCUUGUGGAGCAGAUGGACUCAGAGGAGUCGCGAGGCGUGACGAAGCUCAAGCAGGAAGCGGCACCUGCCGCGCUGAGCGGCGGCUCGGUGGGCGGGCGAGGCGCGACCGCAGAAAAGGGAGAACACGGCCGUUCGCCGACGCACGACAAGCUGCUCACUCGGCAGCAGAAGCUCGACAGCAUCUCGCACACGAGACGUGAGGAAGACGCCGAGGGCAGGGGUGAGAAGCAGGCCUGGAUGCAAGGAGAGAGACUGGAGUCGCGGAAAGAAGGCACAGCGGGGCAGGCGAAAGGCGCGCAGAUCUCCGCUGCAGCGUGCACCUGGGCCCAGAGCCGCGCAAGCCACACGGGGCUCGCAGAGGCUUCCUCCUCCGUUGUGUCGGCGCCAUCUGUCGGGCGCGCCUCGACUUCCUCGCCUGCGCCCAGCAUCUUCCAGCUGGGGCCUGGUCCACUGCCUGCGUCGCCGCCGCCGUCGCCGCGCGGCGAGCGAAGACACUCGCGGCGAGAGGGGGGGCGACCCGAGACCUGCGGCCGAGCCUCUGGGGGUCUCGGCGUGGAGAGCGACAGGAGGGCGGUGCAUCUGGAUCCACGCGCGAGAACGCAAGUGGACUCCACGCCGGAUCUCUGCCGCGAGGCGUCCUCAGAUCUGCCGCGAGAGCCUUUGUCUGCGCGGCGGGGCGGCUGUGCCGCGGGCGCAGGGAGGUUUCGGCCGCUCGGGUCGCUGGGCUUCUCCUCGCUGCGGUCCUCUGCGCCGUCGGCCGGUGGCGGCGUGGCUGCGGGGCUCGCUGGUCCCGUCGCACUCUCGAGUGCCUCAGCAGAGAAAGCGGCCUCUGAGCACGCGGCGUUGGUUGCACUCACGACGCAUCUCCUCGCCUCAUCCUUGUCUCAGGGGUCGCCGCCUUCGAGUCUGGCAUCCUCGCUGUCGCCUCUCGCGUUCUCGCUUCUCUCUUCGAUGCGACCCGCCGCGCCGCAGCAGCUCUCUGCCCUGCUGCAGCCGCUCCUCUGGGGGCAGCAGAGUCUCCGCGCGGCGCAGGCGGAGGAGAACAGACUCGCGGCCGUCGGCGCCGAGGUUUCAGGAGAGGAAAGUGAAAAGCAAGAACGAGGCUCGGCGCGCGCCCACCCGGACCAGGGACGACGCCAGCGGCUCCGCGGCGCGUCUGCCGAUGCAGCCGCGUCGUUCGCUCUUCUCUCUUCGCUCGCCUCCGCCUCGGCGGCUCCCGCUGCAUUCGAUGCCAGAGCGCUCGACGCGCUGUGGAGUGGGCCUUCGCUAUGCGGCGACCGAUUUGCCUCGCGGGCGCUUCCAACGACUCAGAAGGGACGCGGCGCACACGAGGGGACAGGCCACGAGGAGGGUCCUGCUGCGCGAGUCGACUUCGCGCAGACCCGCACGUGGGAGGGAGACGCGACAGACGACGGUGAGCGACGUGAGCCGUGCUGGGACGGCCAGCAGCCUCUCACGCUCUCAGCCUUAGGCCUCUCGACGUCACCUAAAAGCUCGCCGCGGCGGCGAGCCAAGGAGCGAGAGAAGAGGCUUCUGGAGGCGCCGCGCAGGCGACCCGAGGAGACCCGCAGGCGACCGGGCUCUGCGGAGCGGCGGCAGCCUGCAGGCGGUGUGGAAGGGCGUGCAGAGAAGCGACGCGGCGACGGCGCGGCGGACUCUGAGGCUCGUGGGACAGAAGGGGAGGCAUGCCGCGAGACCGCGAAAUCCACGCGUGCGAUGCGCAGCCCGCCGCUUCUUGAGGUGCUUGUCGAGUGCCUGAAGGCGUCUGCGAAGCGGGCUGCCAGCAGAGCUGGUUCAGGGCUCGAAGGGACUGCGGCGUCGAGCCGCGUCGGGCGCGGCGGGAAACACCUCGGAGCGGAGGGCGACGCGCUCGCGCAGCUGCUGCCGCUGGUGCUGCUCCUCGGCGAGGAGGCGCUGCGCGCAGAAGCUGAGGAAGUAGAAGACCGGGAAGGGCGAGCGAAGGACAGGCGGGAGAGAGAGAGGCUCGAGGAGUCUCGUCUCAGACUGGCCUCGACUCUCCGCGAGUCUUCAGCCCAGCCUGAGAGCAGCAGCAGGUGCAGAGGCGCAGAAGUUCCCACGCGACGGCGGCGCGCCGGCAGCGCGAAAGCCAGCCAAGGCGAGGCCCUUCUCGGCGAGACGGAGGGGCGCUCAAGCCGGCGGCGCGAGCGGAGACGCAGAGACGGCGAGAGUCCCGGGGGAAGCCCUGCUAGCCCCCGCCGUCGGCAGGCGCAGGCGAGGCCCUGUCCAGGUCGGGAGUGCCACGAGAGCGCGGCGGAGAGCCGAGACGCUGCCGUGUCGCAGGCGGAGAAUCUUCGCAGCGAGGAGCGGUUCACUCAUUCUCGCCGCGAAGCUGCCGAGGCGAGGGCUGCAGCGCGCGAAGGCGAGCCCCUCGGAGCGAAGCGAGAAGAAGCGGCGCGAAAGCCCAGACAGGGAGGAGGAGUAGAGGCGCUGGACGGCGAUCGGAGCGAGUGGGGCGAGCGCGAGGAGCGGCGCCCGGUGACGAAGAGGCGAGCCGAGAGGCUGGCGGAGGAGCCCCGCGCGAAGGAACUAGCCGUGCCGGCGGAGAGUGCUACGGGUCCGAGAGAGCUGACCGCGCAGCGCGGAGGGCGAGAGGCGUCGCAGGAGAGAAGGCGUGCGGAAGGGGGGGAGACGAAGCGACACGAGGAAGGCCUCCGCGCGACGCGCUGGGGCGAUAGGGCGGACCUGCUGGUCCUGCCAGAAGAAGAUCGCCGCGUCCGCCGCGCACGAGAUCUGGCGGCCCUUUCUUCUUCGGCGGAGGACCGAGACGCUUGGCCACGCGCAGAGGACGAAGAACUCGCAUUUUCAAAGACGCAGCGCCGCGCGCGGAGCGCCACUCGCUCUGAGAGGAGGAAAGGCAGGGCGAGGAGCCGCCAAAAACAUCCAUCUCCGGUUCCCGGCGACUCCCGCGUCGAAGGAAACGCCCCGGAGUGGACAGUUCCGGCUGUACGUACACUGGAGCGAGCCUCUCGAAAGCAGCGGGCGGCGUCGCGGGCGCCGCGUGCAUCUGUGCGCCGCGAGUCUGCAAAGAACCGCCCUCAACUUUCUCCCUCUGAGAGAGAAGCGGAAGAGACGUCCGUCGCCUUUGGGCCCCUGCGUUUCUCUCGCAGCUGGAGUGUGGAGGAGGCCCACCCCCGGUCGCCGCGAGGCGAACUGGCCAGGCAUCUCAUCCCGGAUCAGCCAGUCGAGUCUGUUGCGCAGGCGGAGAAGAAAAUGACGGAGAGACUCAGGGCCCCCUCUCCGGGGUCGCCCCUUCGUGGCGGCCUGCGAUUUUCUGCCGCCGAAGCGAGCGAGCCCGCGCCGCCCGCGCGCGGCGUCUCUACAGCGCGGACGCGCUCUGGAUGCGCCAAGAAGUCGAAGCAGAAGGAGGGGAGAGUCGGCACCGAUGAAGACAAGCGCGCCUUGCUCACUCUGCUGGAGUCUAUUCAGCUCUUCGUCGACAAGGAGACGGCGAAGCGGUCAAAGAAGAAGGAGGCCUCCGCGCGUCGCGCUCGCGACAGGCGUGCGCCGAGCCUAGACGCGAAGACAAAGACCGGUGGAAUGGAGCGACUGUUUGCAUCCGGUCGCAACGCGGAGGCGACGCUGUCCGCCUUCGAUUCCUCAGAGACACAGGAGACACUGCACGCGUGGCCCAGAGGCGAAGCAGCUGAGUUGUCUUUCCUGCCCAGGGCAGCGCGACUUCGUGAAGAGCGGCUGGUCGUGCGAGAUGAUGCGGAAGCCGAGCGUCAAGCGAAAGCGCCUCGGCGCCUAAAGUCCUCUCAGCUGUACGGACACGAGGACGAGCUGUGGCCCCGCUCGCUAUCCCGCUCGACAGCGGACCUGUUUGCCGCGGAUCGCGCGCGCGAAUCGCGCAGAAAAUUUAUCUCUGGUGCCCGAGACGCUGCCUUGGAAGACUCGUUUUUCGCUCAGGGGGGCAAGGUGAGAUCUCUCUUGGUUGAGACCAGCGAGGAAGACGCGGCGCUGGAUCGCGACGCUCAGGUGGAGGCCGUCCGCGGAGCGCAUGCCCCGGGAGAGUCAGCUGCCGCGAAGGCGGCGGCAUGGGUCCGCGAAGACUGGACGGAGAGUGAAAGGCGAGUUGAGGACUUCUUGCGCGCGCACGUCCGCCAGCGCGCCGCAGAGCGCCCUGCUUUUCUCCCUGUCAAAUCCCGAGGCGGCGGCCUCUUUGAUGAGCUGCAACCCUUGGCUGGGGGCGCCGGCUUCUUCGUCGCUGAAAAGAACUCGCCGGCAAAAGUCAGGGAAUCGCGGGAAGCACAGGAAGGCUCUCGCCUUUCUCUUGAGAAGAAGGCGCAUGCGGCCGCCCUUUCGAGCUCGAGAGUCGCACGAGAGGCGCGGGAAAGAUCUCCGAGCCGGGGGGCUGCGGGCGCCCGCGCGGGGUCCGCAAGCGCGAGACAAAGCGGCAAAGGAAGUGGGGGAGACAGGCUAAAGUCUCAUCGCCUGCGGAAGCAGGAAGCCGUGGAGAGCCGCGAAGGGCGGUCACUCCAGUUCGACGCGGUCGCAGACGAGAACUUCGAGUUUGGCGGCGAGGCUCUGUUUCCGCCUGGGAGUCGCAGUAGCGCAGCAGACCGCAGGAACAGCGCUGGAGGCGUCUCAGUGUAUUUCACGCCUCUCUCCACCUCUGCCGCAUCUUUUCCGCGCCCGACGGCACGCGGGGCGAUCUCCGGAGCACAGACACUGCGACUCAGAAGCAAGAAAUCUCCCCGACUCGUCGCUGGGGCUGCGGAAUCUGCCCGCGCGUCGCCUGUCGAAUAUCGUGUCGAUACAAGAGAACGGCUGAACGACCAGAAACGCGAAUCGCUUGCGGAGGCAGAUAAUCGAUUCUUGCAACAAUCCCGUCGCCUUCCGUCUGCGAUUCAGCCUCCGUCGCUCGCCACGUCGGUUGCGGCUCUCGGGCAGAGCCAGUCGGAUGCUGCGGCGGUUCAGCGAUGCCUUUCGUAUCUUCGCCGCUUGGAAGCCGCUUCGCGGAAGUAUUUAGUUCGCGCACAGCAGAGUCCGCCAGAGUCCAGCAGCGAGGGCGUGCCAUCUCCUUCGGCGGGUCGGCGCUCGGCGAAAGCAUCGACUGACAAGGAGGGCGCGAAGCGAGACGUGAGCCGACCGAGGCGAAGCGGCCGCGAGACACGUGGAGGGGAGGCGCUCGCUGCGCAUUCCCUCUUCAACGACGAGGCGAAGGCCUCGCGCGACAAGACGCAGAGUGGCAGGAAGGCUGAGUCGCCGUCAGAGGAUCGGAGCUGGAGUUUCGAAGAAGCUCGAGUGUUUGCCAGCGAAGCAAAGGCAUCCAAGUUCCGCGGCCUCGACAAGGAGUGGGGAAUGGACAAGGGCGGGCGACCCCGCAGUGCCGGAGGAGACGAGCUGAAGCAUUUUGGCUUCGAUCGCAUCUACGACGACGAAGGCCGCCGCAAAAGCGAUUCUGACGCAGACGCUGAGAUGAAGUUUCAACUUUCAUCGUCGAGCUGGUCGUUUCCCUACGUCGGACUGCAGUCCCGCGCGCAUGCAGAAGGCGAUUGA